AUGGACGGUGUCCUCGGCGGCUCGGGUUUAUUGAGCGACGCACGAGGUGCGAAACCAAACAGCGCCCCGCAAUACCUACUACGCCGAAUUGAUUUAUGCCCCUUGCCGGCCCGCGACGCCAGCGCACCGCCUUUAUUGGCUGCCAACGAGCGUUUUAUCCUUUAUGCCGUCGUCGCGUCGUUGCGAUGUAGAAUCCGCUCUCCCGCUCAGCGCGUCCGCGAUUAUGUCUGC